AUGGGAUCGGUAUGUUAGUAGGGUGAUAAUAUAGUGAAUUGGCCAUGUUUAAGUAAUCCAAGAGGUUCCAAUCCAAGAACAACUUUCACAGUAAUUCCUGAAGAGGACUCUGUAAUCUACUCUUAAUACGAUCGAUCAGUUUUUACAGCUAGUUAAUUUUAUCAGAAUCCAGAGACUUAAGUAUUCGACUCUAAGUAAUCUAGAGAUAAACUGUUAUAUUGGGGAAUACAAUUAGUGGAAAUAAUAAACUCUAAAUUUUGAAUGUUUACAUUUCUAAAUUACUUUCUUCACAUUCAAUAAAGUAAUAAGAUAAUUAUAAUGAGACUAACAAAUACAAGAAGCAAUGCAUAUGAAGUAUCUUUAACCAAUAUUAAUCCUGAAUUAAGUUGUUAUUGUGAAUGGUAAUUAGAGGCAGACAAGUUACCAAUUUGUUCUGGGGAUAAAAUUGAUGUAAAAUGACUUGUAAUGAUUCAGUUGAUACAUGUACUGACAGGAAGAUAUCUUAUGGCAACUGAGCUUGAUGAAGAAGGCGUAGUCUAUUGUGGUUAUGGUUCAAGUAGAUGUUGGAUUAUUGAAUUUGAUGAUAACAUUUUAAAAGAUGGAGCAAUAUUUGAAUUAAAACAUAAUGAAAUUACUAAAUACCUAUCUUUCAUUAAUAAAAAAGCAUCACUAUCACAUAAUACGUAGGUUUGCUUAAAUGAUAAGGAAGGAAAGAAUAACUAUUGGAAAUUAGUUUUGAUUUAAUGA